GAACUGCUUUCUUGAGAAAUUGCACACACACACUUAAACUGGCGCAUGAAAACGGCGUCGUUCCGUGCGUACCGCUCCUGAGAUUGGGCGCUCGCGUUGUGUACACCGUGUGCGAUGUAGUGCGGGUGCUCACUUUUGUGCUGGUUCUUCCAAACAAAUCUUCCGGUUUUAUAGAACAGGAUACCAUAAAGAUGAUUCUCUUUCGAAAAUUCCGUGUCUUAAUUCUGAUGGUGUUUCUUAUUGCGUGCUCAAUGCACAUUAUGAUAGACUUGUUACCAAAGCUGGAACGGCGAAGCAACAGCGCUUGUUCUUGCUCUCACACACCCAGCGAGGAACCGCAGAACUGGGGUAAACAUCGACCCAGGGCGGCAUUAGAGACGGGUUGGCCUAAUAAGCACACUCUCAGAAUACUUCAAGACUUUAGCAACGAGCCCAGCUCGAAUCUGUCCUCUCACUCCCUGGAAAAGAUCUCCACUGCGGGGGGAAAAGCAGAGACGCUGAAAAGACUGGAGCGCUACGCAACGAAAGGAAAUGACAAGAACCAAGUCAUGCAGGAAGCCAGCCUCAGCAGGAACGGAGCUGACAAGGGCUCCAGGCUUCUGGCUCUGUUUGAACAUCCUUUGUAUAAGAGACCUUUGCCUACCCUGACUGACGAAGACACGUUAUUCAACGUCAACACUGACAUAAGAUUUGACCCUAAAGCUGCUGACAACCAAGAAUGGCACGGAGAGGAGAAGGAUGGAGAGAACGCUCCUACAGGAGGGCUCUCCUCUGACUCCUACCCCAACUGGCUGCGCUUCCACAUCGGGAUCAACCGCUACGAGCUGUACUCCAGACACAGCCCUGUCAUCGAUGCCAUGCUUAAGGACCUGCUUACCCAGAGAAUCACCAGUGUCGCCAUGAAAUCCGGAGGCACCCAGCUGAAACUCAUCUUGACCUUCCAGAACUACGGCCAGGCCCUCUUCAAACCCAUGAAGCAGACGCGCGAGCAAGAGACACCGCCAGACUUCUUCUACUUCUCAGAUUUCGAGAGGCACAAUGCCGAGAUCGCUGCCUAUCAUCUCGACAGAAUCCUGGACUUCCGCCGAGUCCCCCCGGUGGCUGGUAGGCUGGUGAACAUGACCAAAGAGAUCAGAGACGUGACCCGAGACAAGAAGCUGUGGAAAACCUUCUUCAUCUCUCCAGCAAACAAUAUCUGUUUCUAUGGCGAGUGCUCGUACUACUGCUCCACCGAGCACGCUCUAUGCGGCAAGCCCGACCAGAUCGAGGGCUCGCUGGCGGCGUUCCUGCCCGACCUGGCCCUAGUCAAGCGCAAGACCUGGAGGAACCCCUGGAGGCGCUCCUACCACAAACGCAAGAAAGCAGAGUGGGAGGUGGAUCCAGAUUACUGUGAGGAGGUGAAGCAAACUCCCCCCUAUGACAGCGGCACUCGUCUUCUGGACAUCAUGGAUAUGACCAUCUUCGACUUCCUCAUGGGGAACAUGGAUCGGCAUCAUUAUGAGACAUUUGAAAAGUUUGGAAAUGAUACCUUCAUUAUUCACCUCGACAACGGACGAGGAUUUGGCAAACAUUCCCAUGAUGAAGUCUCGAUUCUAGCACCUCUAAGUCAGUGCUGCAGGGUGAAGAGGUCCACUCACCUGCGACUGCAGCUGCUGGCCAGGGAGGAGUACCAGCUGAGCGCUCUGAUGGAGGAGUCUCUGCAGGGGGACGCGUUGGCCCCCAUCCUCGUUGGGCCCCACCUGGAGGCCAUGGACCGGCGCCUGCGCCUGGUGCUGCAGGUCCUGGCGGACUGCAUGGAGAAGGAAGGCUACGACAGCGUGGUGGAGGACGACCUGGCCCCCGAAGGCACGGCCACAACGGCGCCUCCAGCCCCGCAGAGGUAGUAGGCCCGGGGCAGGGGUGGAUCGGGCCACUCUGCCUGCGCUUCCUUCAAGCCCCGACGCACCGCACUGGACCACGAACAUCCCGUGAACGGAGCUCUCGGUGACAGCUUUUCUGAAUUCAGUGAAUUCCUAAAGACUUCUUCCUCGGCCCGGCGGAGGGAGUGCGAUGAGUGAAACGCAGACAUGUGGACAAGAUGCACAGCACCGUCCCAACAUGUGGACGUGUGUCUUAAUAUAACAGAGACACUUUGCCCUUGAUGUAAUGGGCAGAAAAAACAAACAAACUGCAUUUAACAUAUGUUUCUUUUGUUAAUGACAAUGAGCUCUGAAUGGAGUGCAGGUUAGCUCCAACACGUGGACGUUGCUAGCUGCCCUGGCAUUAUUUAUUGAGUUUCGUAUUUAUUUUCAAGUAAAGUGUUUGGCCCACUACGCAUCACAGCACAGAGACGGAUUCAGUAGUAAGUCCUUAAUCCCACUGCAGUGUUUGUGAUAGCAUUUAGAAAAGUGACAGUUUUGUGUAUUUUAAAACAUUCCUGAUAUUUUGGAUUCAAGGGAGUCCCACUUCAGUAGUAAAGAUUAGUCACAUGAACACAAUCCCUUUACUCACCUGAAAGAAUUUUUUAGAAAUGUAACCAUUUAUUAUUAGAGGGGUUGCCUAAAAGUGUGAAUAUUUUGUAUGUUUAUAGGUCAACCUGAGUUAACAUACAGCAUAUACAGUAAAGUGAGUCCCCUGCAAGCAUUAAUGGGACCUUUUUGCCUUCAGAGCUGGGUUUGAACAAACAAAAAAUGGUGGGAUUUGUGGUGAGAAGGUUGCACCCACACGUCCCACAUUCAUCCGAGCCUCUCUGGGUUUGGGGACUAGCUUGACUUUGGCUGACUGAGCACAUCAGUGGGUUUGGAUAGUAUAUGCAGCACUUUCCUAUCCAACAGUGACCAUCAUGGACAUAAAAUGCCUUUCACAAAUCCCCAAGUUUAAGGAACUGGACUCACUGACUGUAGUCUAGAAUGCGUGUCGGUCGGCAGCGUAUGGAGGAAACCGAAGGUGCCACAGCAGCUCGGAGGUGAACGCUGACCGGAAGGUCAGUGCGCUCAUGGAGCGGGAGGGAGGGUGGCUGGGACCAUCUCUGCCCCGCAUGAAUGCACUAGCCAAACCGCACAUUUGUUCAUAUAGAACAAGAGGCUUUUUUGUUGUUGUUGUUGUUAAAAAAACACUUGAUGGUACUAACAGCUUAUUUGCAAAGAUUGUUUGCAAUCCACUUACAUUUUCCAUAUCCACUUUUAUUUCAUGUACCUUUUUUUUUUUUAAUUCAUUUGACAUUAUGUUAUACUGUUGCAUUUCCAUUGCUGUUUCACAUUUUAUUUUAUUUUAUUUUAUUUUGAUUUUCAAAGGGAGGAAUGAAUGGGCACUAAUGUACAAAGCUACCAAUACUUUAAGCUGCACUAGAGCACAUUUCGGUCACUGCUGAAACAGACCUGUAUAUAUUACGUGAAUCCAUUGCUUGUGCAAUUAUAGAAAUACUUGAACAUUUGGGUUGUAAAUGAAAGGGUUUUGGGGCCAAAGAGACGGCAUUUAAUUACCAAAUUAAGAUGCAUUCUCUAAAUAUUGUUUUACAGUUUUCAUAUUGAGUUCCGUCAGAAUUUUCACUCACAUACACUUUAGAGAUGUUCAGCACACAUUCUUUGGUUCUUGUACCAUUUCAAUGGAUGGAUUUCUUUUCCGUGUCCAAGUGCAAUAAAUUGAACACUGCAGCACAA